AUGGCAAGACAAAAGAGAAGAAGCACCCAUGCGGCUGCUGAGGUCGACCCUGAAUCUGCUCCUAAAAGGGCAAGACAAAAGCACGGACGUCAGCAGCUCAGAACCGUCACCAGAACGGCUAGAAGAGGCGAUGCCCUGGCUGCACAGAGCGAGAACUAUGACAAUACUGGAGAUAUAGAGGCCUCGGACCUGAAUGAGUCAGGAGAUGAAGAGGUGGAGCAAGAAAAAGAUACAGGAAUGGCUUAUAAUGCGUUGUUGACACUUUUAAAGUCCGAUCACCAGUCCAAGACGACUAAAACCAAGAGUAACAAGAAGCAAAAUGUGGUUAAGACAGAAGGCAGUAGUGACGAGAAAGAUGAUGAGGAAUUCUCCAACGAGGAGUUGGCAGGAGUCAACAUGAAUGCGGAAGAGGACGAGGAAGAGGAGGUGGACGAAGAAGAAGAAGAAGAAGACGAAGAUGAAACCAACACGAUCCAGAAAAAUCCCUUUGAGGCCCACUUCAACUUGGUCACCGAUGAAUAUAUUGAGGAGCAGGAGAAGUUGGUGGUGAAGCAGAACGAAAAGUGGACGCUGUCUGCCUUGAGUAAGGUGAGCAACUCCGACUAUUCCAUUUUAUCAUCCUUGCCACCAGGCAAGCCUGUGGCCACCCCAAUCGAUCCAGGUUCAGUUAAGAACGUCAAGGACUUAAGAUUGAAGAACAGAGUCUUGGAAGCGUACGAGAAAAAGUAUUCUGACAACAAGUUGAAUGCCUUAGACUUGCAUUUGGCUUCAUCAAUGUUUAAUUACAAGGAUGUGUGUUACUCAUACCAGUCCUUCAAGAAUGACACCCACAGAAAGCUUUACGCCAUGCAUGCGUUGAACCAUGUGUUCAACACCAGAGAUAGAAUCUUGAAGAACACCGCAAAACUCAAGGGAAACAGAGAGGACAAGCUCUCUGACGAAGGAGCUUCUGCUCUGGGCCCAGAAGAAGAGUUGGAAUUGAGGGAUCAAGGUUUCACUCGUCCUAAGGUGCUCAUUCUUCUUCCAACUAGAAAUGCUUGUUUCGAAUUGGUAGAGCAAUUAAUCCAAUUAUCGGGUAGUGAACAACAGGAAAAUAAAAAGAAGUUCACCCAGCAGUUUUACAGCGAUUCUGUCACUCCUGGAAACAAGCCAGAUGAUUUCAAGUAUUCUUUCAAGGGAAACAACAACGAUUUCUUCUGCAUUGGUAUCAAGUUCACCCGUAAGACACUUAAGCUUUAUUCUUCGUUCUAUUCCUCCGACAUCAUAAUAGCUUCUCCUAUUGGUUUGUCGAUGAUUUUGGAGAACCCAGACAAGAAAAAGAGACAGUAUGACUUCUUGUCAUCCAUUGAGGUUUUGAUAAUCGAUAGGGCAAAUCAAAUAGAAAUGCAAAACUGGGACCAUGUCUUGACCGUGUUCAAGUACAUCAACAAGAUUCCAAAGGAGUUCCAUGAUGCGGACUUCUCAAGAAUCCGGAUGUGGUACAUUAAUGAUCAAAGCAAGUUGUUGAGGCAGACCUUGGUCUUUUCUGAAUAUUUGACUCCCAACAUCAACAAUAUAUUGGGAGUCAAAAAGUCCAUCAACGUUGCUGGGAAAAUGAAGUACAGACCUAUAAUGGACAGUACAAACUGUAUCAUGAACUCCAUCGGGAUCAAGAUCAAGCAAAUAUUUCAAAGAUUCGACAGUGAAAUCAAUCCAUUGCAAGAUGCGGAAUUACGGUUCAAGUACUUUAUCAACACUACCUUACCAUCAUUAAUGAAAUCUUCCAGUUAUUCCAAUGGUAUCAUGAUUUUCAUCCCUUCGUACUACGAUUAUCUUCGGAUUAAGCACCACAUGAAGACUUCUACCAAAUUCUUGUUCGGCUCCUUGGACGAAUAUAGUAGUCAGUCCAAGUUGGAUAGAGUCAGACGGGCAUUCCAUGAUGGCAAGAUCAAGAUAUUGCUCUACACGGAGAGAUUGCAUUACUUCAGAAGAUUCGAAAUCAAUGGAGUCAAGACCAUGUUGAUGUAUGGUUUACCUUCCAACCCCUUGUUCUACAAAGAGUUGGUCAGAUUCAUUGGGAAGUCUGUAUAUCGAGAGGAGGUGGACUUGGACUUGGCGUUGGUGAAGGUCCUUUAUUCUAAGCUCGAUGUGGUGACUUUGGAAAGAGUUGUUGGUGCAGAAAGAGCGAGGGUUUUGUGCGGUGGAGUCAACGAGCUGUACGAAUUUAGAUAG